GCUGAAAAGACUGAGUACACCCAUGAGUGAGAACAAAGAGGAAGGAGCAAGACAAAGUGCUUGUGUAACAGUUUCAAUACCUUAUCAAAAGGUGGAGCCUGACCUUCUGAGAAGCACGGUUCGAAUAUGUUGUGGAUUUAAAAGAACUGCAAGAAUGAAAUUGUUGGACUGAAGAGAGCAAAGCCUGGAGUAGAUCAUGGGAGGUGUGACUUUUGUGCCACCAUCCACGAACCAGACACAACUCAGCAAUAUCACCAAUUCACCACCAGAAUAUAAUGAUGUGGAACUUGUGCUGCUUGGUGUUGCCAUGGCUAUUCUUGUCCUAGCAAUAGUUUUUGGUAAUGUGUUGGUGAUUACAGCCAUCCUGCGCUUCCAGAGGCUCCAAACUAUCACCAACCUCUUCAUUGCCUCACUGGCGGUUGCUGACCUCAUCAUGGGUGUGAUUGUGGUCCCUUUUAGCUCCAGUAACAUCCUGCUGAAAAGCUGGGUGUUCGGAAACUUCAUGUGUGACUUCUGGACGGCAACUGAUGUGUUGUGUGUGACAGCCAGCAUAGAAACACUGUGUGUGAUUUCUCUGGACCGCUACCUUGCUAUUACAAGGCCUCUCCGCUAUCCGACACUGCUCACUAGGGCUCGGGCUUUCACUGUGGUGUUUGUGGUUUGGGCAGUGGCCUCGCUCAUCUCCUUUCUGCCCAUCUAUCUCAAAGUCUGGGUGUCAGACAAAAAAUCAGCUGUUGAAUGCUUAUACAGUGAGACCUGCUGUGAAUUCAACACCAGCGCAACGUAUGCAGUCUGUUCCUCAAUUGUGUCUUUCUAUCUGCCGCUGGUGGUGAUGAUUUUCCUUUACACCCGUGUAUUCCAAGAGGCUCAGAAGCAGCUGGAAAAGAUCCGAGGAAGGCAACGGCACUUCUACCACCUACAUAAGUCUGCACUGUUGACUUAUCCAGAAGACAGCCCUGCAAUGAAUAAACUCAGGACAGGAGCGGAUGGAGAGGACAGACUGAACAUGCAGCAAACUGAGGAUACGGACAACAGGCAAGAGGAGAAGAGAGAAGAAAAUGGAGUGAGGAUAGAAAAAGAAGGCAGGCAAUCUGCUGCAAAGCGUCUCAAGUUCUGUCUUAAAGAGCACAAGGCUGUGAAAACUCUGGGAAUCAUCAUGGGAACUUUCACAUUGUGUUGGCUACCAUUUUUCAUUGUCAAUAUCGUCGUAGCGUUUGUAGAUCUCGAUGACUAUAAGGAACUAUUUCGAUUCCUUAACUGGCUAGGUUAUUCCAACUCUGCCUUCAACCCCCUCAUCUACUGCCGCAGUCCUGAUUUCUGGCACGCCUUCCAGGAGAUCCUUCAUUUGAGGGGCAGAAUCUUUGGAUGGAAGGGGGCAUGUGGAUGGUGUAGUGAGAGACACAACUACCCCAAUACUCCACAGAGGCAGAAUGGGAACUCAGACUUGAGUCGUGUCAGGGGGCUGGACACUCAGGAAACAUCAGUGUGGAAAGGAAGUGUGGAGAGCUCAAUUCAAGACAGCUCUCUGACCCUGGCUCUACCAGCGUCAUGCUCAGAGCAGGUUCUAGAUGUAGCUCCCGGUUCCUCGACCAGUUGGGAGGAAAACAGCUCCCGCAGUAGGACUUGUAAGGAAAAUGUUGCUUCUAUUGCUUGACCAAAAACAAUGACAUUAGACCUUAAAUUAAAGGGGUGGUAUCAUGUAAAAUUAACGUUUUUGAGCUUUGCAUAAUAUAUUAACUUUAUUCCCUUAUCAAAAACAUACAUGUAGUGUUGCCUCAAUUCUUUAAAGCAUGUUUGAGAAAUCUUUUAAUCUCAAAUGGCAACUGUUCAACUGUCCAAAACGCCUGGCUCCACCUUCGAGGACGCAGCUCCUUACAGUUUCCAAGCUUCUGCCUCACAGAGCAUCCCUCUCAUUAGGGUCUUCCCCCCUAUUCAGCUCCUUCAGACUAGCCAGCACCAAUUAGCAAACACCUGGUGGCCCUGUGCAUCUGCUGAGCUUAUUAUACAAGCUACUUCUCAGUGCAAUGCUGGUAGAAAUGUUGCUAAAAGGCUAAUGGAGGAGUACUGUUGUGAUGACUUCCUGAAGGCAAAGUUUCAGAAAGAGGAGGAGUUUUUAAAGAGACAGAGACCCAAUUACAAGGAGUUAAAUCGGGAAAUAAAAUUUUCUCUAAAUCCUAUUUGAUAUGUAACAACUGAAGGUAACAUAGUUGGUUGAUUAUAAUAUAAAAUGGCACUAUAUGCCUGGAAAACACAUAAUACUGCCCCUUUAAAAAUACAUUUCUACAUAGCAUUAUCUAAUUUGUUUAUCUUUGAUGGACUGAUUGAACUUUCUGGUGUAUAACAUGGCUGGAUGAGAUUAUAUUGUCUCAGUGUUCCUGUGGUUUUACUUGAUAUCCAUGUUCUUCAUCUCUAUUGCAGUUUUUUUUAUUGCAUUCAAUAGACUGAAAUACAAAGAUCAGUGAUCUAAGAUUAAUUUAGCAUUCAUACAUUCACCCAAACAAAAAAUAUGGAAUAUUUUCACAGAUAAGAUACAAAAUUGUGGCAUGCCAUCAGUAUCUCUGGAUUCUUUUAAGGAGGUGACUGUGGGAACUAAUUACCUAUAACAAGGGAAAAUAUUAACAUUGGAACAUUUGAUUCAUAUGAAACAGUCCAUUUGAUCCUAAGCCAAUCUGAAUGAUGUCUUAAAGAAAUCAAUCUGUAAAGAAAAGCUAAAAUAAAUUAAGACUUAAAAACAAGGCUUGAGUUUACAAGAUAAUUUACAUAUAAUAAACUAACAUAUAAUAUUAUUAGAACUUCUAUCAUCCUUUGAUGUAAUGAAUGGUACUCAGCUGGGUUUGCAUCCAACUCUUUGGAGUACUUUGUGGGAUAUUAAAGAUUUUAUUCACAAGUGGAGUUAGUGGUUUAUUCUAUAAUGUCUUACUGAAAUCUUUACACCACUUGAAGAUUUUCAUAAAUUGAUCACUAAACAACACAACUUAUUGUAUAGAUCAAUACAAAGUAGGAAAAAAAUACAGAUUUUCUUUUUACAAAUUUAAAAAUGUGAAGUGUGGCAUUGAUCUGUUGUUGCCCAACCUUUAUUCUGAUACCCCUAAAUAAAACGUAUGUGUGGAGAUAGGACACAUCUAAAAGUUGCAGAAGGUCUUCAGGACUGGAGUUGAACUCCCUUGAUCUAGAAGGUUUUUAUGCAAAUUUUAUUUUUCAAAAAUUUUGCAUGCCUUUUGUUUCACCUUCAUUUGUAGACAAUGCAUUUUAUAUAUUGCUUUGUGUGGGUCUAUUACAUAUAAUUGCAGAAAAAUGGUUGUAACGUGAUCAAAUAUGAGAAACUUAAAGGGGUAUUUGAUAAUUUUCCAAGGCACCUGGUGCACAAAGUAAAAUAUUUUACUAAGCAAGUUUUAAAAAAAGUAUUGGAAGGUAUUGGAAGUGGUACAGUUUUGAAUCAUUUAUUUAGAAAAUAGUAGAUUGUAUGUUGGAAAAAUGGAUCAUUUGGUCAGUGAGAUGAAAGACUGGUUUUCACCGGCAGCUACAAAGGUGUCUGUAUUCCACAAUAGCCUCUUCAUAUUUCUUCUAUCUUAAAGCUUUACAUGAAUGUUGAAGGUACUGAUAUGUGCAUAUUGUUCAGUUGCAAAAAACAACAGAUGAUUUUAUCACUGUUAACAAUUGUAGGACAACAUUAAAAAAUGGCACAUUUGGGUGAUGUUGGACUUUAUUUAGCUUAGCAAUGUUAUUGACUAUGUACAGUUUUAAGAGCUAUAGAGAAAGUACCUCAUUACUUUAACAAGUGAUUUCAGGUUACUUCAUUCCAAGCUGUUUAUUAAAAACUGUUAAAAACGUUCACUUUUUGAAUGUUUUAAAUGUGGCACUUGUUGCCAGUUCUUGCAGAUUAAAUUACACAUAUACAGUAUAUGGUAGUCUAAGAAUGUGUUGAGCUAUAUAUUAUCUGUAUAUUCCAUAGCAGACGUGAAUGUUUAGAUAGGUCAAGCAGCUUUUAUUAUUGGGACAGUAAAGAUUCAAACUGUUAACCACCAUGUUAACCACAAUGUGUUAAGCUUACUGUGGUUGAUUAUAAUCUCAUUUAUCAUAAUGAUGCAUCAGCAAAUGUUUUGUUAAAUGUCUGUAUCUGCCUAAGACCUGGUUGCCCUGAUCAUACAUUAAGAAAAGUUUACUUGUCUAGUGGAGUUGUUGCAUCUUUGGGUAAAAGGCUGAAAUGUUAUCAGAUUUGUUUUAACAGUUCUGAGUCAUCGAAAUAUAAUUUGCUGGUUGAUUAUAAAGGCAUAAAAAUAAACGUGGAAAACAAACUUGUUUAGGGUUUUAGCCUUUCCAGGUUAAGCAGCACAACUUAAAAAUAUACUGGAGUCAGAUAAUUUUUCUUAAAUCUUUUUUACAAAAAUAAACCUUCAUCCAUUUUAAGUUAGACUACGUGUCAAAGCUAUGAAUGUAAAAAAUGAGUCUUAUCUGUUACAGCUUUAAUUCUUUUAAACUGCUCUGACUGCAGAUAUGGGCCAGCUGUUUUUUGAAGAGUGAUUUAUGAAGGCCAAUAAAAUUCUGCUUAACUUCAGUGGUAAUGAACGGUGGCUAAAAUAAAUGGGCUUCUGCGUCUUAUCAUAUAAUUAAAAACUUUCAGAGUAAGAAUUUGCUACUGCAACAACAGAUGAAUUAAUUAUAAAGCUUCUCACAUGUCUUAACCUGUAGAGUCCCUUGUUUUCUAUCUUUAAAAGUGACAAAGAGAAAGAGGUCUCAAUGCUCCAUCAGAGGAACAGGACUAAUAGACAAAAAUAACAGUUUAUAGAUUAAUUAUAAAUACAUAUGUUUUUUAAAAUAGCUUCUUUUACCCUGACUUCAUAGCAUUUGUUGUAGGUAUCAAUUAAGGAUGUUCAGCUCCUUUAUAAAAAUUUAAAAGAACAAAGCAAAACUGUUGUUCCUUAAUAUAAUUUUUUUUUGUCAUUGAAAGAAUGAGGCAAGAUCAUGCAACUGUUUCUCACUACUAUUAUAUAUAAAUAUAUUCUUUAAUAUUUCACAUCUAUACAGUUAUGACUAUUAAUGUGGAGGAUGGAAUAUGGUUAGUGAUUAACCUUCAUCUCAUAACAUACUAGUUGUAGACCACAAAGAAGAAAAAAAAACAGAUUUGCAUUGCUACUAAGGUUUUUCCACAUCCAGACAAAACGUCCAAUAAGCAGAAAAACCCCUCAACUUUGGUCACUCUGAGGCAGAACGUCUUACUCGAUGUAGGGGUGGAUAAGAUGAGGGGUUGUGGGAGCUCCACUUAUAGCAAGAUUAUGAAGAACAGCUCCAUUAUUCUGAGUUCCUUCCUGAUAAACCUCAGAAGCAUUUACGGUGGGAUAAUAAUUGUGUAUGAGAUAAACACCUGAGGCCCUUAACUUGUGACUAUCAGAUGGUUUCUUUUGCUUCCCUGAAAUCAUUUUCUACCAUCAAUAUUCACUGGAUCUAUUUCUUUUCCUCUCAGAACAACACUGUGAAGCCAUGCUUUCAUUUUGAUUUACCAUCUUUAGCUCUUCGAACAAUGCAACGUUUCAGACAGUGCAGAGAUGAUUAUCGUUCUGUUGGGCCCACAGUUUAGAUAAGGUUGUCUGUAACGCUCACUUUACAAACACAGUGCUUUGUUUACGCAUUUUUAAAUGGUUAUUCAGAAUAAAAUGAUCUGAGAUGCUCAGUUGAUGUGGAAUGUAAAAACCUUGUUUUGUUGUACUUUUUGUAUUGUGUAAGUAUAAACAUGUUGAGUGUUCUACAUUUGAAAGACUUCCUGGUGUAAGGUAAAUAGUUUUCAUAUUUAAACCAACUUGCAAAUUAUGUUGUCCAAUGAUUAAAAAAAGAAAUUACAGCCAAAACAUCCCUUUGCCUGUAAAUAUUAAGCACAAAUGUUUGGACAUCUGUGUUAAAGAGACUUUUCCUAUGGUUGUUUAUCUCUAGUCCUCAUCUUACUAAUUUAUUCCUGGUAUUCUUCAAAGACAAAAAAGAAACACUUUACAGAUUUACUUUCUGAAAAUGUCUAAUCCUAGAGCGAUUCAUUUUUAAUGUUGGAUGCAAGGCCAAAAACUCAAAACAUCAAAACAACUUUCAAUUAUGCUUGUGCUCUCAGUUUCAGAAGCUUUUUAGAGAAAAGCAUUUUUGUUUUCUACCUCCUUAAGAUCUAAAUGAAUGUCAUCUCACUGCUGUAAAUAUUUAUUCAUAAGCUGUUGUAUAUGUUUGUAAGUAAAAGAACAAAGUUUGAAACUGUGUCAUUUAAAUAUGUUCCUUUGCUUGUC